AUGAGGUUCUUCUUGCUGUCUCUAGCUGCUUCACUUGCUGGUGCCGUGUCAAUCGAUCUCGCGCAACGCGAUAGUCCCCUCGAGGUUCAACUGAGCGCUGUUGGAAACACCGCUGUCAAGGCUUCAAUCACAAACAAAGGUGCUUCACCAUUGAGAGUCUUCAAGACAGGCUCGAUCCUAGACGAUAAUGCAGUGGAGAAGGUGAAGGUUUACCAAGGCGACGUCUUGAUACCGUUCGAAGGUGUUCGACUUUAUGUCUCUACCUCCAGCUUGGAUGAUACCGCCUUCCAGACUCUUGCUCCAGGCGCCACCCUUGAGAAAGACUUCGACAUUGCCCAUGCACAUGAUGUCAGUGCCGGUGGUCUCUACGACAUAGCCCUCAAUAGCGCUCUCACAUACAGCUCUACCGACUCUAAUGAUCUAAUCGGCACCGUUCCGAUCCAAUCUCCCGUUCUCACCAUGACUGUUGACGGCGCCGAAGCAUCCCUCACACGCGCCGCCUUCCACGCGAAAACCAAACGAGCUCUCCUCCAAGCCGACUGCACAGGAGCUCAACGCGAGUCCCUCCUAAAAGCGUUCCCAAUCUGCGCCUCUCGCGCCGCGGCCGCAUCCAGUGCUGCACUGACUAAUGCCGCAAAGGUGAAGGAGUACUUCAAAUCAGAUAGCACGAGCGUCCGCAACACCGUCUCGGGCGUCUUCGACAAGAUCGCCGCCGAGUGCAAGGACUCGACCUCCGGUGUAUCGAAGCAGUACUGCACAGACCGCGACAACAACUGCCAGGGCGGCGUGAUCGCUUAUACGUAUCCUGCGCGCUCGUAUGUGGUCUAUUGCACGGGAUACUUCACGAGGAUUGUGGAGAGGAGCUCGGAGUGCCAUCAUGACGACCAGCCAUUUGUAACGAUGCAUGAGUUUACGCAUUUGAGGGAGAUCAAGGGGACGGAUGAUUAUGGCGUCUAUGGCUAUGCAGGUGUGCUGAAAUUGAGCGCGACGCAGAAUCUGAAUCAUGCAGAUACGUAUGCGCUGUUUUCGAAUGCGAUCGAUGUUGGGGGUUCUUGCUGAGUAGGUUCGAACCAUCAAUCGAGAAUCCGAUUGCCAAAGGGAGAGAGAUAGUUGGAUCGCAUGAACUGCUCUUUCAAUGAAGAAAUAUCCUACCCAGGAUCGAUUCGGAAUGAUACUACUGUGGUGGGAAAGGACUCCCGCCAGAGUGACAGCUCCUCAGGAUUCACAGUUAAGUUCUCGCUUUGAAACGUUAGCUUUGAGUAGAAAAUCGAACAUGAUAAAUAUGCCGUUCACUUUGAUCAUGAUAGAGGUGAAUUUUGCGGUUAAUGAAGCACAUCACAUGUCAAGAUGGAACUUGUAUGAAGCGAUAAACCUUAUGAUCCACAAUGACCCACUGUUAAGAAAGCUUAACACAUGUACUACCGAUCGCCAUA